AUGGUCCGGGAGAGGCCUCCCGGGAGGAGCUGCGGCGCCCUGCACCGGUGCCUGCUGGGCGCCGCGCUGCUGCUGGGCCUGCGACUCUGCGUCGAGCUGAGACGCGCCGGGUCGGGACCCGCAGUCCACAGCGUCCCGCGAGGCCACGUCCCCCGACCACCCGGGCCRCACCUGCCACCAGCGCCGGUCCCGCCGCGCGGUGCAAGCAAGAGACAGGUGACCUACGUGCGCAGCGGGCGCAGAGCACCGCCGGGGGGCGGCGGGAGCGGGACGCCGGAGCCGAGCUGCUGCGCCCUUCGCGGGCGGCCCCRCCAGAAGGGUCCCCGGUGGCAUAUAGAGCUCCAGCCUUGGGCGGGCCCUGCUCAGUCCCUGGAUGAAGAAGCCUUGAGGUUCCUGCAAUACAUCAGCACCACCCAGAUUGCAUGUGAUCACAUGAGUACAGACGGCUUGGCUACCGACUCCAGCUCUGCAAAGAAGCCCUGGUUGGUGUGUCUUGAUGACAGGUUUGGCUUAGCUCAUCAAAUCCGCAACAAGCAGUGCCGCCUCUAUUCUUUAGGGCUGGGAAGCGAUGAUACUCAUUUUGAGGUGAGCAUGGCCAACGAGGGAUGUGAAGUGCAUCGUUUUGAUCCUAGUGUCAAAUCAGCUCACAUUCUGGGAAGUCAGCGCCUUUGGUAUCACCGCUUGUCCAUCGAUUGGCGGGAUCCCCAUCCAGCUGUUGCUGCCCCCAAAUUACAUAGCAACACCAGAAAACUGGGAAGCAUUUUGAAUGAAUUUGGACAUCACAAGAUUGAUGUUCUCAAGGCAGAUCUGGAAAGUGCAGAAUGGAAAGUUUUGGAAAAUCUUAUUCUGGAAGAUGUCCUUGAACAGAUUGGACAGCUCAUCUUUGAGAUUCAUCUCCACUGGCCUGGGUUUGAGGUCAGCGGCAGUGACAGCAGCGUCGUUCGAUUCUGGUACAGCCUCCUCAAAGAGUUAGAACGGAAGGAUUUCAGGCUUUUUUACAGUUAUAAGGAUUUAUCUAAACCUCAGCUAUUUCUGAAGAAAGACAUUUUCAAUGCUAGUAGCUGUUACACUCUGAGUUGGGUGAAUACAAGAUGGAAAUAG